GGAGCACACCUUUCAUGUAGCGCAAAUUUUGUUGUUGACAACAACGCUGCUAAACGUGAUUUGGUUUACUAUCUAGCUAGCUGGAAUAUAUAAAAUAACAUUUAUGAUGACCAGCAGCAAAACUAAUAUCGGUUUGAUAAUCAUGUACAAGGAUGAGUCGGUGGACGUCCGUUACGUAGAUGAUUCCCGUUUGCACUUGUCGCCCUGUGGCUCGGAGUUCAUGUUGGAGAAAGCCCCUACACGAUCUGCACAUCCUCUUCAGUCUAAUGAGAAGAUUCGACAGAGGACCAGGUUCGCCACCAGCAGCUACAAGGACCUGAUGAUUGGUGCUUUGGAGUUCAGGAACGAGUAUGCAACACGACCUUACCUGCCUGAAGAACUCAUCUCGGACGACCACAGAAAGCAGGUCUUCAGCAUUGACCCUGAGGUGGAGUGGCCUGCAUGUUAUUCCUGUACUGCCGAGGUGGGAUUGAACCGAGAGAUCGUCGUCAGUUCAGUGGAGCGGAGUGCCAGUCUGCUGCUUUCUUCCUCUGGAGAGGAGUUCUCUGUAAACUUCACCUGCAGACUUAGUCACAACCAACACCACAGGCCUCGGAGCCGAGACCCAAAUAGGUCUGUCACUGAACACAUACAGCAAGACAACCAAACCUGUAGGCCAAAGACUCCAUCUCAACAGAGUGGCGCCUGUGCUGAGCAACAGGUAAGGCUUGCAAUGCUCAAAGUGCUCCGGAUUCUUGAAUGUUGUUUAUUUUUAAUUACAAUGUCAAUGUGGUUGUGUGAAGCCAAUGGUACGUUUCUUUAUUAUUCUGACAAACUUGUAUAUUCAAAGCAAGGAGAGGUAUACCUGUCCACCAGAGUGGUCCAGCACCACUCUGUCUCCUGUGUUCCUCUGGUGUGGCGCUACCCUCUGUCUCUGGCCCUUCACCUCUGGCGCGCCCAGUCCCAGCCCUCUGGAGAGAGGAACAGGGGGGAGACAGAAGAAGAGACAGCCAGGGGGAGAGACCAGACUGAGAGAGCAGUGACAGGCACAUCUAGAGGAGAGAGGAGGUCUCACCUGCCCCAAGCCCUGCCUCUCAGAUGCCCUUCCCCUCAUCAGCACAGGUGGAAGUCCAUGUACUCUCUGGUCCAAGAUGAACAGGAGGCAGACCAAGACCUCCCUACAGAGUUGGUUAAAGUGGUGUGGUGCCAAGGGGUGCUGUACAGGAUAGUGGAUGGAGCCAUCCCAGUUGUGGAGGUUUCUCCAGGGGAUGGUUCAGUCAUCAGGUCUAACGGAGUGCUGGCGAGCUACUUCACCCACCACAGAGCUGGCCCUGGCCCUGGGGAGGUAAAGGAUGUGACGUACCACCUAAGCAGCCUCCCCCCUGACACACCUGGGCAGGUCUACUCUGUGUGCUCUAUGGUGACUCGAGCCAGCAGGAUCCUGAACUGCUACAACCAAGUUAGACACUCUCUAAAGCUCCCUGCUACACAGAGCUGCUACAACCAGGAGACCAGUUCAGAGCCCUUUAUACAGGAAGUCCACAUUUCUGAGUCUGGUUACAUUAAUACCACUGAAACAAGACAAAGCAGGCCUAACUGUGUUGCUGAAGAGCUGGAGAAGAUCAAACGCUUCAACUUUCUAUUGGAAAACAGUCAUCUUCUUAAAGCCCAGAGGGGUUCUACAGUGGUGGGCUGUGGUUCUAAAGAGCACGUGGCCCACUGUGAGCCGGUCAACGAGAGCAUUGCGGAGGCCCUCCAGAGAACCUCCAAAACCAUCCAGGAUAUCGACAACCUCCUACUUUCUAGAGACACUGUCAUGCAGGGCAGCGGAUAAUUACAGUCCUGCGUGAUGUGUGAUGUCGGGUUUGCUGUCAGAAAAUACUUAUUGCAAAUGAGGAACAUGUGAAGCAGUCAGAAUUAUUCAUUGGUUUCAGGAUCACUAAGUAAGCAUUGUCUAGUGGCAGUUUCAUUGCUUUACUUACAGUUGAAGUACAGACUGCAGGAAAAAGAAAAUAGUUUUCUAUUAUUGUGAGGCUCAGAUAUAGGUCAAGGUGUCUAACACUGUCCUCCAGCUCAGCAACAGCCUCAACCCAUGUGUGGUUAGACAUAGUGGUUAGACCAGACUCUGAAAGAUGAUGGUUGUGGUGUGUUGAAGCUAGGCAAUAGUUUGUUGAAAAAUACUUAGUCCAUCUUAUUGCAAUUCCUGUACUGUCUUCAUCUGAUAUCAUGAGGCGUAUUGUACAGUGACAAUCACAAGUAAUAACGAUUUUAAGUCAUCUGUCGUGUACAUUUCACCUUGUUGUCAGUGCUUUUCGAAGUGUACAGUUUAAUAAGUGCCAUGAUUCCCCAUUUUGAAUCACUCAUCAGUUCAUGGUGGUCUCACUUCAGUAGGACUGGAAAGAAGAACUCUGAAGGAAGUGGCUGGAAAUGACUAAUGUUUUGUGUUGUGCUAUACAGGAUGUGUGUCAUUUAUACUCUACAAGGUGUUGAAAGCGUUCCACAGCGAUUCUGGUACAUGUUGACUCCAAUCCACAGUUAAGUUGGCUGGAUGUCUUUUGGGUGGUGGACAUUCUUGAAAACCCCAGCAGCGUUGCAGUUCUUGACACAAACGGUGCACCUGGCACCUACUACCAUACCCUAUUCAAAGGGACUUCAAUAUUUUGUCUUGUCCAUUCACCCUCUGAAUGGCACACACACACAGUCCAUGUCUCAAUUGUCUCAAGGAUUAAAAAUCAUUUUUUAACCCUCCCCUUCAUCUACACUGAUUGAAGUGGGUUUAACAAGUGUCAUCAAUUAGGGACCAUAGCUUUCAUCUGGUUCACCUGGCCAGUCUAUGUCAUGGAAGGAUGUUUUGUAUUGUUAGUGUAUGUUCAUGAAUAAAGCCAAACUGUUCAGAAUGUCUUACAGUA